AUGACCAGGCUUUAUAUUCAAUACCUUGAAAACACUCCGGUAUCAUUAUUUACUCAAAAUUUGUCUGUCCCUGAAGGAGAAGAACCUGAUAUUUCUGACCUGGUCGCCGCUUACAAGGCUGCCACCACUCCUCGUUUUGAAAAUAUUCCUGUUGACGAGCUCACCAUCCAUUGCUGGAGAUGUGCUUCUGAAAUCCAUUCAGGAGCCGGAAUCAAUGACUUUGUCAGAAAAGGUAUACCAACGUAUUGGAAAGUUUCUGGCGCUCUCUCGGAUUCCUUAGCCGUAAAAGGUGUUUGUUCUCGUAUGUAUCGAAAUGCUGAUAACUAUCUUGGUUACUACGAAUCAGGGCAACCAGCUUUCUUUUAUGAGGAAAACGAACCCACUCUCAAAAUCAAUGUAUUAUUUAAAACAAAAGAAAACGCUCUUCGCUUCGAUAGUCACUUACGAAAUGAAUCGAUUACCAUCAAUUCUCCUAUGAACAGCCUGACAAUUAAUUCCAGUGUUUCUACAACCUCAACCGCUCAGCUUGGAGAAAGAAUCUAUUAUAAGGAUUACAUCCCUACUGAUUCUGAAUCGCCACAAGACACUCAGUCUGUAAUAACCAUUCAGUUUUCAACCUUUGAAAAAACAAGCGACGAGUUCAAAUACCAAAGAAUCGAAAAAUUGUCAAUUUUUGGUUCGAUGGGGAAAGCAGAAAGCUGUCACUUGAUAUCUGCCUCUCAUUGUAGAAACUACUCCUUUUAUAGUCAAUACGACAAAAACCCAAACAAUAGGCUAGCAAUGUCAAUGGACCUUCACGGUUGGUUUAUCAACUUGAGCACCGAGAUUCCGCUGUUCUAUUUGAAAAUCGUCUCCAUUUCUGAUUCGGUUAUUGUAGAAGACAGAUAUAAAGUCGUACUUGCGGUAGUAGCAUUGAAUCAAGAAUCGGCUGAUAUGAUAUUUUAUCGCUUGAUUGAAGGCUCGACAAAAACAGAUAACCCACUCAUAAUGAAUACUUCAGUUCAUGUGACUAACCCUACUAUAUUCCGGAAAUGUCUGGAAUGGAAAGAGAAGGAAACCAUGAAGAAGUGGGAUGAUUAUUAUUCAAUGGAUUCUGCGGUCCCGUAA